UUUUUUUUUUGUUCUCUUUACCACUUUUACUGAAUGAUACUUUUUUAUUCUAUUGAACGCUUUUGACAUAUUGAAAAGAAUUUAUUUAGCUAUUGUUCUAUAUCUCCAUCAUGUAUAGUAACGGCAAUAUUACAAAGUACAAUGACCAAGAUUGGAAUGAAGAUUACGGCAAUGGAAACGACCAACGUCCUUUUAUUCCUUCUUCUACCAAUACGACGUCGAACCUUGUAAACGCCGUCUCCCUUCUUAGUGUAUCUCAUAAUGCUCCCAACGCUCUUACUGACCAACAUAUUCAAUCAAGGCAAGCAUCUUCCCCUCAUUACCAUGCACGAAUUGCAGCUGUUUUGGCAAGGAAUCAACUAUCUUCUCGAACCACAACAAAUCAGGGAACAAUGAAAUCUAUUGAUGAUGGUAGUUCAACUCAACAGCAAGAACGAAAGGAAGACAAUAAAAAUAGCAACCAACAACUGUGGACCGUCUUGGAUAUUGGUGGUUUAGGCCUGAAGCAUCUAUCUUCUAGUCUUUUCGCUUACGAUUUUCUGACUGCUGUUUAUAUGAACCACAAUCAAUUGACAUAUAUUCAUCCUGAUAUCGUAAAGUUAUCUCAUCUGGAAAUACUUGACUGUUCUGGCAAUAACAUUACUGAAGUAUUUCCUGGUAUUGGUCAACUCGCUUCUCUCAAGGAAUUAUUGCUUUUCGAUAAUCAAAUCGUCACUUUACCUAACGAAAUUGGAAUGCUCUAUCGGUUGGAAACUUUGGGUUUGGAAGGAAAUCCACUCCAAAACGAUUUACAAAACUUGAUAAUGAAUGAAGGAACUCAAGGAUUGAUCAGUUCGCUUAGGGAACAUAUGCCAGUUGGAUUACCUCCACCUUCAAGAGAAUGGUUAACGAUUGAAGAUAAUGAAAACAUUAGCGAUUCAGAAGCAGAAGAACGAUUUACGGUACUUAGUUACAAUACACUUUGCCCAAAGUAUGUCAAUGAUCAAAAAUACGGCUAUACACCAGCAUGGGCUUUGGAAUGGGAUUACCGAAAAGAACUCCUAUUUUCUGAAAUCAACGAUAUUGAUGCUGAUAUUCUUUGCCUACAAGAGGUCGCUAUGGAUGAUUUUGAAUCUGUAUUUACUCCCUAUCUGAAAAACCAUGGAAACUAUGAUGGAAUUUUUUAUCCCAAAUCAAGAGCCAAAACGAUGUCUGAAAAUGAUCGAAAAUGGGUGGAUGGUUGCGCCACAUUUUUUAAAUCAUCAAGAUAUAAACUAGUGGAUCAUUUAUUUGUGGAAUUCAACAAGAAAGGUUUGGAACGACCCGACUUUAAAAGCUCAAAGGAUACAUACAAUCGAUUGAUGCCCAAGGACAACAUUGCGAUAUUUAGUCUAUUGGAAGAUAUUAAGACACAAAACAUGGUGAUAGUGACAAAUUCGCAACUAACAUGGGAUCCAGCAUUUUCUGAUGUCAAAUUGGUACAAAUAGGAAUUAUGAUGGACGAACUUUGUCAAUUUGCAUCCCGGACGAUACUUGAAAGCACCAAAAAUAAUCUUGAUGGGAAACAACAGUACACUUCCAUAACAUCUAUACCAAUACUUAUUUGUGGCGACUUCAAUUCUGAACCAAACUCAGGUCUAUACGAAUAUCUCACCAAAGGCAACCUUGAUCAUGAUCAUGAUGAAUUCAACCAAUGUCAGUAUGGAUCAUUUACAGCCAAUGGACUUCAACAUGACUUAUCUUUGAAAAGCGGAUAUAGUUAUAUUGGAGAAUUGGAUUUUACUAACUUUACUCCUGAUUAUAAAGGUACCUUGGAUUAUAUAUUUUUUACAACAAAAACUUUGGACGUGGUUUCCGUACUUGGCCCUUUAGAUCCUGUCUAUAUGUCAAAUGUUGUCGGUAUUCCCAAUCCUCAUUUUCCCUCUGAGUAAGUUAUGGAUGAUCUAUUACUGAUUUAUUAAUAUAUUCUUUUAUAUUAUUAUUAUAGUCAUAUUCCAGUUGUGACCGAAUUCAAAUUCAAACAACAAAUUGAUACAAGAUACCCCUGCCCACCUAGUUUUCAUAGUUCUUCUAGUUAUAGGCAUUCUUCCAAAAAAUAAAAAAAAAAUCAAUUGUUUUUACACCCAAAAAAAAAAAUACAUUGCCAAAAUAUGAGGAAAGAAAAAUGGAUCCUGAAAACCAUUACGUUCAAUGAUGAAUCAACAGUCUAAUGAUGAUCCAUUGUAUCAAU